AUGGCAACACAAGAACCCUCUAGAUCUAUGCUAUCAAACCUUAGCGCAUGGGGCAACUCCUCCAUGGCACCCACGGGCCUCGCAACCCUAAUAACAGCCCUCCACUUCCGCCCCCUACAAAUCCGCCCGUUACUCUUCGCGCCCGUCCUGCUAUUCAGCUCCUACGCCAACCUGCAGGGCUUCAAGAAGGACAGCGCGGGCAUCACGGCCGCCGCGAGCGGGACGUACGCGCUGCUGGCGUUCCGGCGGCGGGCCGGCGGGCUGGUGGCGAAGUUCAUGAGCGUGCGCGGCGCAGUGAGGGGGGCGGCUGUGGGGGUUGGGUUGAUGAACUGUGUUGCGGGUGGCUGGGUGUAUGCGAUGGGCGAUCGGGAGAGGGAGAGGGCUGAGCGGAGGGAUAAUCCUAGAUGGGGGUGA